AUGGCGACAUUGACGCCUAGAUCCAGCCAGCACGACACGAAAGAUACCACCGACCAUGGUAACGAUAGUAUUAGUGGCGAUAAUACCAGCCACGGGCCUUCAACACCUGAGGUUACCUCGGUUUCAGCUCCAGUCAUAGCUGCGACCAUUUACCAUCAUCACCAGCAACAGCCCGCCACCUCUCGUGGCAGUCUCCAUUCUGUCUCCUCUGCCUCUUCCUCCAAGACGUUCACAUGCAGCAGUGGUGGCGGUAGUGGGAGUGGUAUGGAUACCAGCCUUUCGGCGUUGACUCUUCCCGAAACCAUCGUUUCGAAUCUGGAACAGCAAAAACAACGUCAACCCCAGGAACGGAACAACACCCGCGACGAUGGCGACAAUGACAGCAACGAUCCGCAACCACUUCAGAACACUGUUUCACGCUUUUCCAGCUACCGUAUGAGUUUCCCUCCUUCCCUGCCCAACUCUUCAACUCCUUCCUCUUCAUCUACCGCAGCAAACCCCCUCAACAACACAUCAACUUCCACACCAACAGCAACACCGCCAGCGACGAGGACCGUUAGUGCAUCACAGACCAUGCCACCAUUCACAAUCGCUACAGCCACACCUACAACAACGACGAUGCAGCCGUCGAGUGGAAAGAGGUGCAGGAACCCUUUCUUGACCAUUUUUGGAAGGACCUCCUCUUCAACAACCUCUUCGCCUUCGCCUUCAUCCUUACCCCUACAAAGACCAAUCUCCCUCGGUGGCGUCACUCAAGUCAAUUCUCAGCACCCACCAUCACCCAAGGCGCAUAAGAGCAGCAGUGGUGGUAGUAGUAAUGGAUCGAAAUCUGGCAGGAGGAAGGAGGGCAAGAAAAGCGGCGAUGAGGGUACCGGUGGUGAUGAGAAGAAGAAGCGGAGGUCAUCAUGGUUCAAGUCGGCGACAACAACAACAACAACAACAGCAGCAGCAGCUACGCCUACGCCUACGAUUCAGCGCGGGCGUGCCAACACCAUGCUCGGCGCCUUGCCCUCUUCUUCGUCUUCUAGAUCACAUCUUAACAACCAUCGUGGAUCACCUUCGUCGUCAUCGUCGGCUAAUACAGCUACGAUUGCAGCUUCAGGGCCCGAGUCCUCGGCUUCAAGGAUUACGGCAGCAGCUGCGUCAGGAGGCGCACUGACGGCAAAACGGUUCUCAACGCCAUUUCAGUUCAAUCUGCGAGGACCUGGGUCUCGCAGGUCAACGCUCCCAGCCGCGAACAGCACCAGUACCAGCACUAGCACCAGUCGAGCACCACCUCCACCAUUGUCUUCUUCGCCUUCUUCUUCAUCGCCAUCUUGCCAGAACAACCCCUCGAUCGCAUCAUUCCCUCGCUAUCUGCAUGCACAGCCAAUCGGAUCUCAAAGCCGCCCACAAUACUACUACUACUCAGCACCAGCAGCAGCAGGAAACCCGCAACAACACGGCCCAUCGACAAGGACUGCAACAGGCACCUUCUUCGACUCUGUCUCGGACGACGACUCGGAUUCGGAUUCGGAUGAAGGGUCUCCUAGUCAGUACCAGCAGCGUCAACAGUAUCAGCACCAGUUGCAACAGGCGCCUCCUCCACACUACUAUCAACAACAACACGUUCAACCUCAACAGCAGCAGAGCGCCGCUGUUGUGUCGUCGAGGCAGCAUGGGCAGGAUCACCGGUACCAGUGUUAUGAUAGCGACGACGAUAGCGAUUCGUCUGAGAAGGAGGAGGAGGAGGAGGAUAGUGAAGACGACUCGGUUGAGGACUGUGACGAAGAAGACUUGGAUGUGGACAGUGACGAAGAAGACUUGGAUGUGGAUGAUGAAGAGGAAACCAAUUCCUUCUACCGCCAUCACGACCAACAACAGGUCGUCAACCCAGACACACCGGAAGGGUACAUGCACGAAUUUGAUGACGCGCCACCCCCACCGCCCUACCACUCCCUCAUCCGUGCCGAGGCCGACACCGCACGCUCCGCCGCUUUGGCCACCCUCUCUGCAAGAGGACGACAAUUCCAACAACAACACACGCAUUCUCAUGCUCAUAUUCAUGCCCACGCUCAUUCUUCCCCUACCACAUACCCACACACCUCUGCAAUGAUGCCCUCCACCCCCCUCACUGAACUUUGCCCACCCAAUUCUACUUCUUUUUCCUCCUCUUCGUCUUCCAUCAUCACUCCAACAGCAUAUGCAUCUACACCACCAGCAUCAUCAUCAUCACAAGUCUCACCAACCAUCCUAGAAAACCUCCUCACCCUCCUCCACACCUUCGAAUCCCACCUCCUCACCCACUACAAAACCCCUUCCUUCCAAGCACAACAACCCACAGCAGCAACAAUGUCACGUCGCCAGGCAUGGUUAGAUCGAAACCCGCAAACCAUCGCAUCCUUCGCCUAUCUCAUAAUCGAGCUCGAACAGACAGGUAUCCUCCCAACCGCCAUGUCCCCCUCCUGGUCCUCCACUGCCUCUCCUUCAUCUUCAUCCUCAAGUCCCGGCAGCCCCUUGUCAACCUCAAUGGCAUUGGACAUGUCGGAGCAGGAAUGGUUGUCGAUGACGGGUAAUGCGGCGACAGAAGCCGAUCUUGCAAAGGCGCUCUUGGCGCUUGAACAGAGCUGUCUCUUUGCGAUGGAUCCUGUUCUUUGGCACCGCGAGAGAGAGGUGACAAGGGACGCAUGGAUACGUCAGGUCCAGGCCAUCAUCACCUCUUCUUUGAAUUAG